GUAAACAAGCAAAUACUUGAAUUUGUUGCGUUACGGUUGAUAUCGUGUUUCCGUAAUUAUUUUGGAAAUCAGGUGUUUGGAAUACUGUUAUUAAAGAAGAUGAUUUAUUUCGAUUGAUAAUUUUUUAUUGUCAACGAAAAAUAUGGAUUAAUUAUGUAUGACGGCACCAUGAAUCAUUGCUAUUUAAUGCACUUUGAUAAUGUGAUCAGAUAACAUACAUUGUUUUCAAACAGCUGUUACACUAGAUGACGCUCAAGUUUAGUGGAACUUACAAUGUUGAGGCUGCAGAGCAGGUCGAUCGAUCGGUUUACCAGAAUUCCAUCACCUGUAAUAUUUGGCUGCUGGAUUCUACAGCUGUAGCAUUUAGAGUUGAUAAACGGUGCAUUGGUCAAGCACUUCUCGAUUUGACAUUUGAUUAUCUUGAGCUACUUGAACGGGAUUUCUUCGGACUUGUAUUUACAAUUUUUGAGUCAGAGGAAGGAAACUUAAUUAAAUGGCUGGAUCCAACAAGAAGGAUAAAGAAACAAUGUAAAGGUGUAACGAAUUAUACAUUCUGGUUUCGUGUGAAAUUCUACGUUCCUGAUCCUGUAUGGCUUCAAGAAGAAUAUACAAGAUAUCAAUUCUUCCUACAAAUACGCAAAGAUAUUUUAGAUGGUCGCCUUCCUGUAUCCAGAUCAGUUUCAACUCAGCUGGCCGGAUUGGCAUUACAAUCUGAAUUGGGUGACUACUCACCAGAAGAAUGUCGACCAGGUUAUGUGAAUCAGUUUCGUUUUGUACAAAAUCAAAAUUCUGAAUUUGAAGCACAAGCCUCUGAAUGGCAUCGUAAAUCAAGUUCACUUUUACCAGCGGCUGCUGAAUUAGAAUAUUUGAAUGUGGUCCGUUAUCUGGAUCACUAUGGUGUAAAAAGUCAUGUGGUGAAAGAUGAACAACAUGAUCUGCAAACAGUAACUAUUGGAGUAUCUUUCAUAGGAAUAAGUUUGUUUCGAGAGAAUAAACUUCUUCAACAAUAUUCCUGGGAUAACAUUGCUAAGAUCAAUUUCAAAGGGAAGAAAUUUACGCUACAUUUGAAAACUCCCACUAAAUCAAUGAAUGGUCACCUUUCAUCUAUUUCGGGACUAUCCACUAGCCCAAUUAUGAAGUCAGAAAGUGAAUUAAAACAACACUAUCGUUUUAAGUCAGCUGUAAGCACAAAAUUAUUUUGGCAAUAUGCUGUUAGCUGUCAUGCAUUUUUUCGUGUUCGAGAACCAACAAAUGCAACAACGAAUCGUUCUGUUACUGGUGCCUCUCAACAACAACAACUACAGCAACAACAACAACAACAAGCACCAUCAUCACCAUCUCCGUCGACUAUAUCAGCUACAGCACUUUAUGCAGCUAUGUCACGAGUGGCUAGUGGUUUCCAGCGUUAUUUUUCGAUAACUCGACGUAGUAGUCUAUCAACUGCUACUCCUAAUGGUCCAGUUGGCGCGGUUGGUCGUACAAUGUCUACAUUAAUGGAAUUGAGAAAGAGUUCACGUGCUUUUGAUCGUAGUUUCUCUAGAUCACACAGCAGGCGAAGUUAUCAUCUUUCACAGGUCAGCCCUACAAAUAAUCCAGUGCAAAGCCUUCCUCCCUUGUGUAAGCCAGAUGUUUCAACUAUUUCACCUUCUACAAAUCUCUCAGAUUCAAAUACAACCGGUAACCAAUCAAAAUCUUAUGCACAAAUACCUCCUGGUGGUGGUAGUGGUGGUGUGAAAAACUCCACUUCUGUAAACAGUGGAAUAUUCAGUGAUACUAAGGUGUCACGUUCAAGUCAUCGAAGUGCUUUUAUCCAGAAUCGAGAUUCAAAUAACACAUCACUGUCGAAUACAUCAGCUAGUGCUAGUGGUAAAAUUAAGAAAUUAAUAAGUUUAGCUGAUGUGGAAAGCUCUACCAAUAUCAGUCGCUUAUCUAGUCAAACGAAACAGACUUCUAAUGAGGUACCCUCCCAAAAAACUUCAAUCAACAAUUCCUCCAGUGUUUUGGAUAAGUCCAGUCGGUUAAAACCACAUAAACCAAGUAGUCCAGUGGCUAGUGGCGAUAGAGCUUCAAGAUUAAGUCAACGACGUCAUCAUCACAAUCAACAACAACAACAGCAACACCAAGAAAUGGCUUCCACAAAUCAUAGUCAUCAUAAUAAUAAUAUUAUUUCGAAUGACACAAAAACUUCAUCUAGAAGAUCUCAAAAGGUGUCUGUAAAUGAGAAUAUUGAUUAUGCUGAUGCGGAUUUUGUGGACUCCGUCGACACAGUCAACAGCAAUGCUAAUCAUAAUACUAAUAAUUGUAGUAGUAGUAAAGAUUUUGAUAAAGACGAAACAACUAGUUAUUGGAAUACACGUAGAAUGCAACGAUUACAUUCACACAGUAGUAUGCUGUCAGUAGGAGUUCUGACAACAUCAGCGUCAACAGUAACGACGACCAUGACAACCUCGUCUAAUAAUCAUCCUUCAGCUAGUAUAAAAACUCAUUCCAGCUCUAAUGUAAAUAAAGUGGUGGAUGAAUUGGAUGGCGAUCGUUUGCAUCAUAAUCGUGCACCUAUUAAUACUACUAUUACAAGUACAACUACUAAUACUACUAAUAGCACUAGUACUACUGUCCCUACAACUAGUAGGCGGAGUCGGUAUCUGCCUACAGAACACUGUAUAAAUACAACUUCUUCAGCUGCUAUGACAACCACAUCAAAUGAUUCAAAUGUCAAUGAUGAUAUGCACUGUCAUAAAUCAAUUCGCACAUCCCUGAACAGUUCUGUCAAUCGUUUGAACACUUCUUCACGUAAUCAAUUGAAUCUUAGUAAUAAAGGUUAUGAACAAAAGAAAGAGGUAAGUGUUUCAUAA